AUGAGGGCAACGAAGGACCACCGCUGCAUCGCAUCGGGCUGGAGACUGGAGACGGGAGAGAGCGAGGGCGUGGUGUCAGCAUAUCGGCGGUACGUACCCAUGCCCGUACCUUCUUUCCGCAAGACAGGGGGAUCUCACGGGGGUACUGUUGUCACUACUGGAAACACCUCACCUCCAGGUCACACCCACCACCACCACCACCACCACCUGCUGCCUCAGCAUCUCAAAAUCAAGAUGGAAGGAACGGACACGGAGUAUUCUGCAGUACGUACCCACGAACGGUGUAAGGCAAGGUACGUACGGAGUAUUCCAUCUUCAUCUCGUCUCAUUGGAUUCGUCAACGUCAACGUCCACCCUCCCUUCUCUUUGCCUCGCUUUCGAAUAAUCAGAUUACAAUACAAUACGACCUACAAAGUUGAAGUGCUUCGGCUUCGGCUUCAAAAAAGACGGGUGCCGGGGUUCGGAUGUACCUUCCAAUCUCUCAGCUCUGACAUCUCACACUCCCGUCGACAUACACUUGAUGGACGCUUCACGCUUGAUCUGAUGAUCGGAGAAUCGGAAAUCUCCAUUCUCGGUCACAACAAAAACAGGACCCUGGACAUCCAUGUCCAUCUCCUUCUCCAUGUCUGCCAGCGGAUACUGGACGACGACUUGACACGGGGGAAUGGCGGCUCAUCGUCUUUUGAAGCCCGCCUCGUCUCCAUAGUACAUGGCACUAUGAAUACUAGCGACUCCAUCCACCUGCAGGCCGCACGCCGCACGCCGCGCGAAGAUCUUGAGCUUUACUGUUCUGACGGGGCCUGCCGCCACUCACUGGCCCUUACCCAGUACGCUACUGUACCACGGAGUACACUAGCCUUCAACCCUCCAAGUCAAAUCCUUCGAAGUCGAGAAUAUCGAUUCAAAGCAACAUCUAUUUCACUGUCUCCCACCACUUCCUGUACCCUCACUGCGAAAACCAGCCGUCAUCACUGGGGGCGUAUUGAGCUAUCGUUCAAUGACUGGCCGCCAUUGCUUCAGGAACAGAACGUGGUCCCGCGUGAAUAUCACUUUGGUGUGGUGUUCUGCAUCGCUUGCUCUAUCCGUCCCACAUGGCUUCAACGCGGCAGAAAUCCCGACCCCAGCCAUGUACGCUGCCUGUACGGAGUAAUAUGGAGUAUUAGUGAGGGCGGUUAUGAGGCAGUGGGCUCAACGGUCGACGUUCAAUCUAAUGUCUCGCCGCCAGGGACUACCUAUGACAGUGGGGCUCGAACGAUGAGGGGGUCUCGUCACUAUGAGGACACUUCUCCUCACAUAAGACAGCGGCUCUCCACAGACUGGCUGACACAACGUUACGUACUUGACCUUAUCUCAACCUUUCCGAUUUCGAUCGAGGCGUUGGUGUACGGCCACGGAUGGCCAAGCCCCGGCGGCCUAGCACUGACAUGCAGCUGCACCGUCUUGCGGCAACAUGCAAAGUGCGGCACGGAAGUGGCAGAAUACUUACCAUGCGACGCCCCCGACGUCGAGGAGGUUUACGGCCGUUGCUUGCACUACCUACACCAGACGCCCAGAGUCCGCGUCCUGUUCCCCCGCCGAGUCGCAGCCCUUUCUGAUGAGGAGGGCAACGCCAUCAGCCGGCUCAAGCAGUCUUCACAAAAGCCUCAGGGCUCCUCUUCGUGUUUCUCGAUUGGAAUGAUGGAUGCCCGACAUACCCAAGCAGCGCUAAUCAGAGACAUACUAGUGGUCUACCCCGAGACCUACCCUAUCACGAUACGAAUUCGGUACAUCGACCAAACCUUCUUGGGCAGCAGCCGUCACCGCCCCAGCCUUCAUAGAAAUUCUCAGUUUCUCACAUCGGACGUGGCUCCGACAUACGGUGCCGUCUGCGCCGUUAACUUUGCGCGGGCGCCAGUGGACCAUCGACUGCCCUUGCCAUCAUCAGAGCCUGCGACUGGUUGGUGUACGAUCGGCGCUGUUGAAUUGCAAAACUGCAAAACUCUCGGGCGGCCGUGCCAUUUCAACUGUCUAUCACGGGAAGAAUACCGCCUGCCGGACAAUGCGAGAUACCGUGUCGGCUGCCGGCCGAGAAGAUCGGCGACCACAGAUACGACAACACAAAACCGCCUACGAAAGCAGGCCCGAAAGGAUCGAAAAGCGAGAAAAGUUGAUGCUAAGGGCAUGGAUCAUACCAUAUUGGCCGUCAGUCCUGCUCAGGUGCUGGCUAUGCUUGGAAACCAAACCAAGCGCACUAUCAGUUCGGGAAGUCCUCAUCGCUCAACCUCUGGAUCCUCAAAGCGGUUUCGAAAAUCACAGUCUGCUGCAACCCUCUUGUUCUUCCCCUCCCUCCCUGGCUGUAAGUCGCUCGACCAUGGCGAACGCAGCUCCGAGCUUCCAGACCGCAGCCACAAAGUGCCUUCUCGAACAAAUCAUUUAGCGGAGACAAGCAAGGAUGAAACAUCUCAAAGCAACGGGCCCCACGCUCAUUCUGGCCAUCGGCGGCUGGUCAACGGCUUCAAUUUCGGGUCUCACCACGCCUGGGGAAUUUGCCCGACUUCAUUCGUACUGAUAACUCAGAUUAACACUAUUGCGAGGCAAAAAAGGAGACGCCCGGAGAGUUCAAUCUCGCAGCUCAAACCUUGUCCGCCGCUCGUGACCUUGCACUGCAGAACUGUCCAAGUCUGGCUUUUGGAUGAGGAUGCGACGGCACUUUCUUCCAGAGGAUUCUCUCCAUCACAAAACGCACACGUCUUCAGUGCUUUCGUUGGUGAGAACCGCAUCCACGCCAAUAGCCGGGCCUCAGACUUCCGAUGGACGAGCUCAUGCAUCCAACGGCCACCUGUCCAUCCACUCGAUGCCUGCAGCGUGCGAUCCUCUAUUGCGGCCUCCUUGUUCUCUCGCUUGCUCAUGCAUGCCGCUGCAGAUCAAGCGGCCUGCCCGCCUCUAACCGCCAGCAACUGGUUCUACGUCUUUUCACUUCUGGCUCUUGGCCCCUGCGUAUCCUAUGCCACCCGAUAUGGGCUCUCGCUCAAAGAAGUCUACGGAGUAAUACAUAAGAUGAAUCGCAGUCGAAUACUCUUCACAGUGAGCGAGGCAGAGGGAACGCAGAUGAAGAUGGUUAACGACACAAGCCACAAUCGCCCGGCUACCAAUCUGAUAAUUACACCUUGUCCGGGCUUCCACGGGCCAACUGAUGUUCUGACGCAGCAGAAGCCCAGUCACCUGUCAAUUGUAACGAACGAGCUGCCCGGCUCCCUCCGCCCGGAGCAACCGGGGCAAAGGAGACCCCCGUUCUCUCAAGAUGCGCCAGUCCACCCUGACCAAAGCAGCUCGUACACCUAUUUCUCCGAAUUCUACGAAGUAGAGGUACAUAGCGGCAGCGCCAUUGAGUUGACCCUCCAAACGCUGACCCCUUAUUCGUUCAAGUCGGCCAAGUCUUCCGGUAUCAUCGCGGCCGCGAGUAUAGCGGGCGGAAACGGCUUGGAGAAGAUGUGUCCUGGUGGAGCUCCUAUUGCAAACUCGGUCCCAUGUUGCGGCAAGCAGAAAAGGGCAGCUUUACCCUGGUUCACGUUGGGAGUUCACGAAUUGAACACGCAAUGCAGCUCAUCGGCAGGGCGACAGGGUGAGGACUGGGUACCAGACCCGAAAACCACGGUGAAGCAUCUUCAGCCAUACAAAGACGUCGCCAGCACCCACACGCCCGACUUUGUUCAGAGAACGGCGACAUGCAUAUUGGCCGCUACGCGGUUUGCGAUAUCCCAUGACGAGCGGCAGGUUUCUCCGAGUUCGAUGCGGCGCCAUGUCCGAUCUCAGAGAGACUACAUUCCACUCGCGCAGGUGGGCAAGACCUUAAAACACGCGCAUUGCGGCAUGCUACCUCCCAUAGGUGCCGAAGCACAUAACUCGUUCUGGAUAGCACUCGGUACUCAAGUCGAUCCGCGGGACGAAGCGACUACGCGCUUUUACUUGCAAGCUCGUUAUGACGGGGCAGAGGUCACUUUGAAGCUCUGCUUCCCUAGCUGCACCGCUUACAUGAGUGGCAGCGUCCCCUUGAGAGGUGCGAUACAGUCAUUUUCUGGGAGGGAGAAGGGCCUGCAACAAGGCGGAUCCUCAAUAGAAUCGGUUGGCAGCCUACGAGCUGUCCUAAUCUAA